GUAAAUGUUGUCUUGGUUGGGUAUAAAAAGGAAUUGACUGGUCAGGCGAUUUACUCAGUUCAAGUUUGCUGCCCAAGCGUUUAACAUGGGAUCCUUUCGUGUUGUCUAUCUUCUGGCCAUGGCCAUGACAAUUUUCCUCUGCUCUAGCAGCGUCAAGGCGGCACCAAUUGAGAUUCAGUGCCAUGAUGGCAACUCAAAUGGCGGCACUCAGACCUCAGCAGAUGGAACUCAGACACAGACACAAACUGGACCGGGCUGUCAAACACAAACGUCCGAAAAUGGACAUCAGAAUCAGAGUCAGAGUCAAACUGGCAGUGGCACUCAAACCCAAACACAGUGCAGUGGUUCAGACUGUAAGCCCCUGCCUCCUCUCUCCACCUUGAAACCAUUGGAAUGGAAUACCAUGAAACCCUUGGAAUGGAAUACCAUGAAACCCUUGGAAUGGAAUACCAUGAAACCCUUGGAAUGGAAUACCAUUAAACAUGUCUAAUCUUUAAGUAUGUAAGGUCUAUCUUAAUCUUAAAUAAUGUUUCCAUAAAAAUGUCAAUAUCCAUCUUAGUCUGUUGCUUUUGUCUGUCAUCAAUUGUACAAUUGUAUUUCAAAUUUAUAAAUCAUAUAAAAAUAUAUAAAAAAAAAUAUUACGACUGA